AUGUUGCAGCGCGCAUCUCGCAGUGCCGGCUACAUGCUCCAAGAGGACCACAUGCUGAACCACAGCCAUGGCAAUGGCAGCAAUGGCACGAACAACGCCACGCAGAAAGCGCAGAGGAUCAUUGAGGCGGUGGAUGCUUGCCUGCACCCGCGCCACGUGGAAGCCGCCGGCCACGAAGACACGCUCCUUCGCUUGGAGUUCGUGCGCAUGGCAGAGAUCCUCACCAGGUUGGUCGCGGCCAACAUCAGUGUGUCGGUGCUGGGCGAUGGCUACACCGAUGACCCCCAGAUGAUCGCCGCUGCCGAGGUGGCGGGGCGCGAUGCGGCGGAGCAUUUGGUGAUGAAGGAGUUUGAGGCCGAGAUGCUGGAGGUGCUUGCCGGCUCCAACCUGAGCCAGCAUGCCAUCGAGCACUUCGCAGGGAAGGUGAGUGAAGAGGGCAUCGCCUCAGACCUCAGCUACAUCAUGAAUUCCACCUCGGGCUUUCUGAGCUUCGAGGAGGCCGAGGUCGCCAUGGACAUCUCCCUAUAUGUUGAGGGCCUUUGCCAAUCCGAUGUCUUGGACAUCGACUACUUCGUGGGUACCUUUGGCGAGAACGUGUCGGAGUGCAGCGAGCUCAUGCUGGCCCAGCAGUCCGCGCACCUCAACAAGCACCUCGCCACGCUGGACUACUAUGCCAAGAGUGCCCUGGUACUGCACGAUGAGCACAACAACUUGGCGCAUCACUUUGCCAAGCAGCUGCAUCCGGACACCCGGUCUCCCGUGGCGACAGCCUCAGUGGAGACGAUGAUCCACAACGCCUCCCUCACUCAUGCAGACAACCGGGCCAAGAUGACCAGGCUUCUUUACCUCGAUCGCAAGUACUACGAGAAGGUCCAUGGGCACUCCAAGGAAGAAUACUGUGACAGGAACUCGCGCUUGCUCCUGGAGAAGCCCCAGCACUGGAUCAGCCGAAGCCCGGAGAUUCAGGCCUAUGUCGACUGCCUCUGUACAAAGCGGAAGGCGGCUCUUCUGUGCGACGCGGAGCAUGCAGAGCCCCUGGCACGCAUCCGGCCUUCGGUCAUCAAGCAGGUUGAGGUAGAGCAUGGUGAAACCUCAUGCCAGGAAGCGGGCAAGAGGGCCAACUCCAUGCUGCAGCUGGAUGCCGAGGGCAAGCCGGCGGCGGUAUCCUGCUCCCUGUGCAUCAACGGGAACAACUGCAUCGACACGUCGGGCACGACCAUCGACGUCUUCUCGGCACUGAAGCCCCUCUUUGGCAUCUCCAGCUCCUGCAUCACGGGCGCCUGCACUCCAUGCCUCGGCAUCAAGCCAGGUGAUGCCCUGCAAUUCAAGAUGGACAUCGGCGUCGACGUGGCAUCCUGCUCCUCCACGUCUGAGCUGCUCUGCAGCCUUGAGCGCGGGCUUUGGGCACUCAUUCUUGCUUGCAGGAUGUUUGCCACGUUUAACAUAUUUGCUGAGCUGAAGCUGUGCAUUGGUGGAAUCAUGGGCGAGGUGUUCGUCACUUCGGAAAAGUUGGUCGCAAUGGAGCACCUCCAGAUUAGCUGGCAUCCUUUCAUCAACAAGCUCCACCUCCUGAUCCCGAGCUUGCCAGUUCCGCUGCCCGCCCCUAUCGGGGUGAGAGGAACCAUCGAGGCCAACUUGAACCUCGGCGACUUGACCGCUGCGGUCGUCAACCACUGCGAGUCCAAAGGUGCUUCGGCCAGCUACCGCUGCUUCAAGGACAUGUACAACGCCCGCGGCGUCACCAGCGUCGAGUUCGGCGUGGAGGCGCUCCUGGGAGUCCGGAUCCCCUUCGUCGGCGAGGCCGGGGAGGGGAUGGGGGGGAGGAACGACAACUCCCGAGAGUUGGCCAUGAACAAAGCCGGUGUGACCAUCGUCCACAUCGGCCCGUCCUCCGUGUACAAGGUCUGUGGCAGGGCCUUCUCCGGCGUCAACUGCGAGCAUCAUGCUGCCGACAAGGGCUACCGCGCCAACGAUGACUGGUCCUGGGCUGGUGAUGACUUCCACAUCUGGCGCCCGACCACGCUUCAUCCGAUCACUUCGCGAUCCUUGUGCCUAAUGCGAGUGGACGCCGAGCUUGGUUGGGCCAUGAAUCUGGAGAUUGCCUGCGAAGUGGACAACUCCAAUCUCGGCAUUCUGGUUCCGAUUGGCUCGAGCACUGUCAGGACAAAGUGCGUGCUGCCAAGCGAGCCAGCAGCAAGACCCGCACUGCGCACAGGGUGA